AUGCAAUUCCUCGCUGCCACCGUCGCCCUUUUCAGCCUCGCCGCCGCCCUGCCAGGUGCACCGACCAGCGAUUGCCACACCACCAAGACCUGCUCGGCUGUCUACCACCACUCGACCAAGACCAUCCCUUACGAGGCCGUCAAGACUGUCACCGUGACCGAAUACAAGCCAGUUACGAAGACCACUGAGGUCGCCAAGCAGUACACGGUCACGAGCUACAUCCCAUCCACGUACUACACCACGAGCACCUGGACAGAGACAAAGACAGUCCCAUACAGCACGUAUACUGUUUCCACGAUCUGCACGACCACGACAAUACCAGUUACAUCCAGCUACACGACCUGCGUUACGGAAAGCAGCACUUGCCCCAUCAGCACGUCCGUGCCAACCACCAUCACGCAGAGCACGUCCGUUCCAUCCACCUACACCACCUCGACUCCAUGCCCGAAGGCAGAGACGAAGACGUACUCAACCUACUCGACCUCCAUCUGCACCGAAACCUCCACCCAGUGCGCCCAGCAGACGCAGUGCACCGCCAAGGCCUACAACUAA